AUGAAACUAAUUGCAUCGACAAAUCUCUACUUCAUACGGUAUGACCCGAGGGCGCUUGCACCUCCUGUCGCCAAACGGUAUUUAGGGGCACCCUUUCAUCCAAUUCGACCUAAGAUUGCCCAUAUGUACGACACCAGAGAUCAGAAUACAUUAUGGUGGAGAGUUGCAAUAUACCCCCUGCAGCAGUAUCGCCGUGUGGUCCGUUCGUGGAGUGCUAGGAGAACUCGUCUUGCGUUUGAGCAGGCUUUGGAAGCGCGAGGGUUUGAUCGGGAAGGCCGGAGGAUAUCGAACAAUGCUCGGGGUACAGGGAAGACCAAGAUGAGCGGGAAUCUGACGGGGUCGCUCGAGAUUAUCGCGCGAGAGGCGACGAUUAGAGAACAGUAUCCGACAAUUCAGAAAGAGAUGAGUUCGGCCCUCGAUGCCUUGCUACGAGCAAAAAGGCAGCAGAAUCAGGCCACCGGGGAUUCUAAUAAACGCAAAAAGCGAGAACGCGUGCCGGAUACCAGAUGA